AUGGUGAAGUGGUGGCAGGUGGGCGGCACCUCCAACGCGGAUUUGGAGGAUGCCGCGGAGGUCGCGAAAGCCCUGCAACCCGCGGAGGCCACUUGGCGAGAAGACGAUCUGCCCUUCUUCGACUCCCGGCUCAUUGUGGAGACCUCCGCGCAAUUUAUCGCCGCCUCCUUCCGCAUACGUGCAGGCGCGGAUGCGAAGCAUGAGAGUCGGCAGGAGGAGGCGAAGGAGGGGCGUGAGGGCAGCGGAACCCCGAUCUCACGCGGGCCCGCGGCAGGCGACGGCCAGUUCCGUUUGCGGCACGCUGCCUGCUGCCACGCGCACCACUUCACGGGCCUCGAGCGCCUCACCACGCAGCUGGUGCCGCGCUGCCGGCCCUUCGCCGGGCAGCUGCAGCAAACGCUGCGCUCCAUCUGCAUGCAGCGGGGCCAGGACUUGGAAGCGCUGCUGGACUCGGAGGUGGAGCGUUUCCUCAAGUCCAGGCUGGUGGUGAUGCGCCUCACAGAUGUGAUGACACCGGACCUCGUCGCCAAGAUUGACUCCGAGACUGAGUCCGAGGACGAGGCUUAUGGUGUAGAGGGCAGCGGCAUCUUCAACGCCACAGCCAAAGGCCUGCGCUCCAAGGGAGACCUCGGGGGCCGCAGAGGGCCGUCCAUCCACCCGCUGGGUCAGCCCAUCAAGCUGUCCAGGCAUGCCUUAGCCAAGAAGCUCCAGCAGAUGAGCCUCCACGCCAUCACCGGCGCCUCGGUGGGCCGUGCCGCCGGAGGGGUGGCGGAGGCGGCGCGGCGCGCGGUGAAGGAGGAGAGGCGCCAGCGCGCCAAGGAGAAGGGCAUGCGACUCUUCGAGCAUCGCUUCUUCCGGGCCUUCACCAUCGCCCUGGGGCAGUCCCUCUUCGGAGAGCGGGAAGACCUGGUCUUCCGUUUCGAGGUGGCGGCGUUGAACGUGCUGCACACCUACCAGGGGGAGCUGCCGUUGGCUCUGCACUCGCUGAUGGGCUGGCUUCCGGCCCAGGUGUCCAAAAGCCUCUUCGUGGUGCUCACGGGCUUGCCGGCGCUGGUGGCCGCCAAACAGAGCCUGGAGAAGUUCGGGAUGCUGCUGAACUGCGUGAACUGCAUCGCCAGCGGAAGCGGGCGCUACGUCUUUGUGAGCACCCCCAGCUGGUACCUGCCCCUGUCCGCGCGGCUCUUCCGGCGCCUCGGGCGGCUGCACGAGAUCCGCGAGACUUCCCUGGCCACCGGCGGGCGGCCCAUCACCAGCGUCCAGGCGGUGUGGCCCAGCCCGGCGGAGCCGCAGGAGGUCAUUGCCGCGGUGGACGCCAUUUGGGGCGGCCGCAUCGCGGGCCAGCGCGCGGCGCUGGGCCUCUGCGGCGGCGUGGAGGCCAUGGGGGAGUGGGUGCUGCGAAUGACCAUGGGCUGCCAGGGCCUGCUGAUGCGGGCCUUGGAGGUGCUUCAGAGCUUCGCGCCCAGCUUCGAGCAGGCCUAUGACGAGCUGGUGGCCGAAGGUGAGUUCGCGAACCUCGAGGUGCCUUCGGACCCCUCGCUGGCGCGGUGCCUGGCGGACUGCGCCGCCGAGGCGGUGCGCCUCAGAGCCCACGCCGCCCGCCAGGCGGCCAAGAGUUUGCGCGCCGAGCGCUUGGCGGAGUGCGAUGACGCGCUGCCUAGCCGGAGGCCUAAGGCGAAGUUCAGAAAGAGUGUCACGGAGACUGUGCCGAGCGGCGGCCGGGAGCGCCGGACCUCGUUGGCAGACGUGGAGUCCGACGCCACGGAGGUGGGACGCAGGCGCCCGGGCGAGCGCCCAAACCUCCUGGCGCAGCUCCAGCGAGGCGACAUCGUGCGGGACGAGGCUGCGCAGCAUCUGCGGCGCUCGGUGAAAGUUGGGGUCGGCAGCGGCGUGAGGCUACCGGUGGGCUCCGGCCACAUGGUGGGCCGCAUCCCGAUCCACGAUUCUCCCAAGCUGCGCCCGGAUGUGGCGGCGCCGAUCGUUGAGGAGAUGUGA